CAGAAUAAAGUAACUGAAAUUGAUUUAUGUAUCAGAGUAAUAGAACUAGUAUCUUGUUCCAACGCUGUCAAUUUGCCGGCAUCAAUUAAACCCUAACAACCGCACCGGCGGUGCCCGCCUUCUCUUCCGCCUUCGCUGAUCCUCAUCUUCUUCGCAUUGGCGUCACCCGAUCAGGAAUGUCAUUUAUAAUGCAUCUGUACGAUGAAAUUGAGCCCCAGCUUUCCUCAGUGGUAUCUUGCUUAUCUCUAAUUACUCCAGGUUUGAAGUAAACUCCAAUGUAACUUAUCCAAGUUCCCUUCUUUGAGGCGACUCAGUGCGUGAACCUUGUUUAUUUCUUCUGAGGAAAGAUUUCUUUGGUUGACUUUUGAACAAAAUGACAGAGGUCUUGGGCUUCACAGCAUGCAGGCAGUUGUUGCAAAUGUUCUUGGCUGUUAUCUUCUUUCAUUGUUCUGAAUUUGUCCUGGCAAUUGCUAUUCAUGGGAAAAACAAUGUAACUCUUAAGUCUCUUUUGAUCAGCAAAAACUAUGCUUUGGCAAUGGCCUGUUCCUUGUUAGAGUACUUUGUUGAAAUCUAUUUGUUCCCGGGGAUGAAAGAACACUGGGUAGUAAGCAACACAGGCCUGGUCAUGGUGAUUGUUGGCGAAACCAUGCGAAAGUUGGCAAUAAUAACUGCUGGUAGGUCCUUCACUCAUCUCAUCAGGAGAUACCCCAAUGAACAGCAUAAAUUGGUAACUCAUGGUAUCUAUAAGUACAUUAGGCAUCCAAGUUAUUGUGGCUUCCUCAUCUGGUCCGUCGGUACUCAGAUAAUGCUCUGUAAUCCGGUAUCAACACUUGCAUUUGCAGUAGUCGUUUGGCGUUUUUUCAAAGAGAGAAUACCGUAUGAGGAGUUCUUCUUGAGGCAGUUUUUUGGUUCAGGGUACGAGGAAUACGCUCGACGGACGACUUCUGGGAUCCCGUUUAUCAAGUAAUGAUCUUUCCAUGUAUUUUGGGCAUUCUUAUUCCAUGAGACCACCUCCACACAGUUGCUAGUUCCAGCUCUUGUUUUUCUACUAUAGUUGUUUGUUUUAUGGCUCUUAAAUUCUUUCAAUUACAUUCAAUUAUGUCUGCUUGGUGAUGUCACGUUUACUAUUUGCUUUCAUAACUCAACUUAGAAUAA